AUGUACUUCAACAAGGUGGUGCUGCCAGGUAUGGAGUACGUGGAGGAUUUUGUCGAUUUCCUUAUUGAUGCCGAGCUGAACGAUCUGCCUGUGCUGAAACGGGCAUGCGAACGAUACCUUUGCGGCGAACUGAACACCAAGAAGGAUUUGCUGACAUCAUUGCUGUUGGACCUACUUUUUAUUUCGAUAGUCUUCCAGUUGCCGGUCAUGAAGAGUAUGACUUUGUCCGAAUUGUCAAAUAGGACCGAGGAAUUAUCACAACCUGAUAAGCUGAUGGAAGAGGAGGAAUAUAAACUUUUGGACAAACGCGUACGAUCACUCUCUGAUCGCAAUCUGGUUGAACUCAUCGAGCAAUGCAUCACAUUCAGCGAGCAACGAAACAGAGUGCAGGUGAUCACUCUCAACGCAUAG